UUGCCGCAUGCAGCCUCCCCCUGCACACUAGCAACACCAUCACCGUCACCGUGAGCCUCCUGCGUUCCUCAGCCGUGUACCAGCUGAACCAUACCGCCAACCCAGUAAGAUCACACCGGCGAAACACCAUGUUCCAGCGUGUAUAACCCACGGUAGCCUCAGCCGUCAUGGUAUCUCCCUCCUAGCCGCAACAACCGCUGCCCCAAGUUCAACCGUAGCCCCUCCAUCACUGCCUCUUUCCGCUGCCUUGGAAAGCCACAGGAACAUCACUGCCGCCUUGGUUUCCUCUUCGCCGUGCUAGAAACUCUCUCAUCUCCACUUUCUCUGUUGCGGCCCGAAGCCACCACAGAGGGCGCUACAAGGUCAUCCUCCACCGAUUGGAAACUGCCCUACCACCGCCCAACGCCUCCCCGUGGCCUCCAUUGUAAGCCACGAAGCUGUGAACCCAACAGCCCCUGUUUUGCAACGUUGAAACCAGUGCAGUCAAUAGGAGUCCACUGCCACCGUGAUCAUCCCACACUGCACCGCACGGUUGUCCCACCACUGGGUUCCUCCACCGCAACCGUGAACCUCUCUUACACCGCUAGGAGUGGCCUGAAACCACACCCGAAUUCAAGAAGGAUCCAGCAACUGAACGCUGCUUAUCACCAAGCCAUACGGUCGGUUUUAUUGCGCUCACCGCCGUGCCCCAACGUGCCCAGCCACCUUGCACCGUCUCCCUCCACUGACCACCAAGCAACACACUGCCCGGCUCUCUCUCUCUCUCUCUCUCCCCCACGCUAGUUCUCUCUCGGUUAGUCCCUCUCUCUAGGUAAUUCUCUCUGUGCGUAGCUCUCACUCUCUCCCCCAGAAGGUGCUGUAUGCCGCAGCUUCUCGUUCCGUUUGCUAAACUGGCGCAAAGAACCGUCUCGGAAAAGGGAGCAAAAUCCUAGCUAAACUCGACUCGACUCAACAGAAAGCCUCUUCCCAUUGUGCCGCUUUGCAUCAACCUGUACAAAAAUGGUUCGCAGCAUCAAAAGCGCGAAGAAAAUCAAGAGAAAGAGCAAGGGCUCGGACAAAGGAGAUGGGUCUUCGUCUUCGUCAUCUUCGAUACCCUCGAUGCCGGCAAAGGUGUGGCAACCAGGUGUGGACAAAUUAGAGGAAGGCGAGGAGCUUCAGUGUGACCCCUCGGCCUACAAUUCCCUUCACGCCUUCCAUAUUGGCUGGCCCUGUCUUAGCUUCGAUAUUGUAUGCGAUACACUGGGGUUGGUCCGAACGGAGUUCCCACAAACAAUGUAUUUCGUCGCGGGUACUCAGGCAGAGAAAGCUUCUUCGAACUCUACUUAUCAAGAAAAGAAAGCUUCUUCGAACUCUAUAGGAAUAUUUAAAAUAUCCAACAUCACAGGGAAAAGACGUGAGCUAGUGCCUUCCAAACCUGCAGCUGGAAACUCUGAUAUGGAGAGUGACAGCAGUGAUAGUGACAAGGAAGAUGAGGAUGUGGAGCUUGGUGGAUCUGGGAGUCCGAGUUUGCAGUUGCGCAAGGUAGCUCAUGAAGGAUGUAUAAACCGUAUACGUGCCAUGCCACAAAAUCCCCAUAUAUGCGCAUCUUGGGCAGAUAAUGGUCAUGUGCAGGUAUGGGACUUCAGCUCUCAUCUGAAUGCUUUAGCCGAAUCAGAAAAACAAGGUGCCCAGGGGGCUUCGUCAGAUUUCAAUCAGGCCCCAUUAGUUAAGUUUAAGCACAAUGAUGAAGGCUAUGCUAUAGACUGGAAUCCUAUUGUUCCGGGAAGGCUUGUAUCUGGGGACUGCAACAAUUGUAUUUUUCUGUGGGAGCCUACAUCUGAUGCGACAUGGAAUGUGGAUACCCAACCAUUUAUUGGUCAUGCUGCGAGUGUCGAGGAUCUACAAUGGAGCCCUACAGAAGCUCAUGUGUUUGCCUCAUGUUCUGUGGAUCGGACUAUUGGAAUAUGGGAUGCCCGUUUAGGGAAGUCAGCAGUAGCAUCUUUCAAGGCUCAUAAUGCAGAUGUGAAUGUCAUAUCGUGGAACAGGCUGGCUAGCUGUAUGUUGGCAUCUGGCAGUGAUGACGGGACAUUUUCUAUUCGUGACCUCAGAUUGCUUAAGCAAGGAGAUUCUGUAGUGGCACAUUUUGAAUACCAUAAACACCCUAUCACGUCCAUUGAGUGGAGUCCACAUGAACCCUCUACUUUGGCUGUUUCAUCAUCAGACAAUCAGCUAACAAUAUGGGACCUUUCCUUAGAAAAGGAUGACGAAGAGGAGGCAGAGUUCAGAGCUAAAACAAAAGAGCAAGUAAAUGACCCUGAAGAUUUACCUCCACAACUUCUGUUUGUUCAUCAGGGUCAGAAAGACUUGAAAGAAAUACAUUGGCAUUCGCAGAUUCCAGGAAUGGUCGUAUCUACUGCAGCAGAUGGUUUCAACAUCCUGAUGCCUUCUAACAUACAAACUACCCUUCCCUCGGAUGGUGCUUGAAACUCGCAUAUGAUCUGUUGCUAUUCUUCUUGCACCAAACUGCUAUACAUAUAUAUGUUUUAUAGCAUCAAUGGGAUGGCAUGCAGCAGCUGUAUGUUUGCAUGUGGCGUUGUCCAGAUGCGUACAUCUUGAAUCCAUUCAGAAUCAGCGUUUUUUUUUUUUUUGUUGAGUAUGUUAAUGACCUUGACCCCUCCCCAGUACCUCUUUAAAAUUCGCACUUGCUCCCAAA